GUUUUAGUAAUGUUAUAUUUUAAACUAAUUGUUAAACCACUAAGCCGUGAUAAACCCUGCUCCUUCAAACAAAAUUGGAAAACCUAAAAAGCCAAUUGACACUUGUUAAACGCUAGCGCCGAUACCGUAAGCCGAUUUCUGUUGCCGCAACCUCGCCGGAGCACGAUUUCGCGAACCCUAGCGCCGUCGUCUUCUUCAUCUUCACACUUCAAUUCAGUCAUGGUCGAAAUUAGCUAUUAGGAGCUGGCUUAGUGCAAAGAAUAAUUCUGAAAAAAUUUCUUCAGACGACAGUGAUAAAGACUCUGACAAAAACGAGGAAAAGUUGCUCAGAACAAGAUAGUUACAUCCUCGUACCAGAUAAUUUUGCUGGUAACUUAACAAUACUGAGUUGAAUCAGCUGGAAAUUGGUAUGAAUAUCAGUUAGAAUUGUUAUUGAAAUGUCGGCUAUGCCUCAGUCACACUGAGUUGGCAGUUAAUGGCUAGAGUUUAUAGUAAAGGCUGGUUCAACGUUCAAUUGGUUGAAUGUCUUGUUUGGUUUUUUAAAUUACUAAAGAAACAAAACUAUAUGGACAGUGCCAAAGCUCACGAAUUUGAUGUUAAAGAGUGGGCAUGUUGGCUGCAUAGUGACUCAUUUUUAUUCACAUACGACAUUCCUUUUUAUGAGCUAUUUCACAUAGUGGUUUUUUUGGCAUUCCACUAUUGAUAACACUGCCUGUGGUGGUUGUGACUUGUGAUAACUUAUUUUUGUUUGUUGGGACAUGAUAAUCUUAUCAUAGACAUAUCAUUGCAUUCUAAGAAGUAGCAUCAUGUUUAGCAACUUCCAGCCUUCUCAUUUAUGCUUUAGCAUCUUUACAAAAUUUAAUACUAGAGAGCCUUAUGUUUAGAAAAGUAAAGAGACUAUGGUAAUUUGUUUAUACAGAAUAGAUGAAUGUUGGAUAUUUAGUUGGGGUGCAACUGGAAGUUGAUUCCACGGGUGUUAGUCAUUGCUCCUUCAAGAGAAUUACGAUCUAUGAUUUGCAAAGAGAUUGGGCAGUCUUGGUAUAUUAUACCUCUAAUUUUUUUCCUUACAAGGUUUUGAUAAGGUUGUUUAAUGUCUUUUUAUCUUGAGUAAAGAACUGGAGAAAUUAAAAGGCCUUCUAGGGUUGUCUUAGGAAACCUAUAUGUUUUUCUAUUUUCCCAUUUGGUCAUAUGAAUUGCAGCUUUGGAUGCAAUCCAACCCAAGAAAGUGCAUGCUUUUUUUUUUUUUUUUUGCUAGGAAUGUAUCCUCUUAGAUACCUAUAUGUGAAAAUAUGUCUUAGUCCAAGGUGUACCCCAUUGUAAAUGUAAAGGGUACACAAGUGAUUCUCUGUCGUUUCGUUACCUUUGAUAUAAUAUUUCGGAAAGAAUGAAUGAUUGAAAUUAACAUUGUUAACUUUUAACCAUAACUGUCUGUGGUUUUUUAUUAUAAUCUGAUGUCGAUAUACAAGGACAAGGAACAUUGAUAAUCUCUUUUUCAUGGGUGAACAAGAUGCUGCCUGUGAAAUACCGAUGUCUAUUCUCUAUAAGUAUUCUUGAAUUUUUCUUUGACCUUCAUUAAGGUUGUUUUGGAAACCAUAGUACCCUGUUUAUCUGAUUUACCAACAAAGGUUUAAAAUCAAUCUUUAGGUGUCUAUACUAUUUGGGGAAAUUAAGUCCUUUAUUUUGAAUGCUUGUAAUGACAUCCUUAGAUUAAAAGUUUGCAUUUAGGUCCCUAUAUUACAAACCGUUAAGAUACCCAAAUUUAGAAUACUUCACUAGAUGAUUGGGAAUACUAGCUUAGAUAGAAUUGAGAAUGGUAGCAUUGGAAAGAGCUGAGGUAGCACCUAUUGUAGAAAUAUGGUUGAAUCUUAACUUGAAUGGUUUUGGCUUUUGUAGAGGAGGCGUAUAGAUUCCGUAGUAAAUAAGGUAGAUCAGGUGAUCGGUAGGCGGUAGCCCAAUAAUUAGAGGCAGAGGAAGGGCACGAAAAGCUAUAGGAAGUGAAACUAUUGAGAAAAACUUAGAGAUCAAUGGUUUUGGGAUAGGUAUGAUUUAUGGUAGAAUACUAUGGAUCUAUGUUGCCGACUCUACUUAGUGGGAUAAGGUUUGAUUGUUUUGUCGCAAUCUUUUUAUGGCACUCCUAUUUGUUCAGUUCAGCAUUUUUGGUGAAUGUUUGGUCUGGUGUGCCUGGUACGCAGAUCAAUUAUUGAUGGUUAGUUUCAUUUCAUUAAUGCAUUUGCAUAAGUAAAGACGCCAUUUUUUGUGGCAAUAGUCAACCUCUUCUUUAGUAAGGAACAUUUGGUUGCAGUGCAACUUUCAUAUUUUAAGGAGAAUUAUUUGGCACAUCACUUAAUUUGGAAAAGAUAAGUCAUUUGUCAUCUUUGUGGCAACGUCACGACUUUUUUGAUGAAAUUUCACUUACUGAUAUUUGAGGUUUGGGAAGCUUUGAUACACUGUUUUUUCUCAUUUUCUUGGUUGUCUUUUUUGGAGAAUUUCUUGUCCUCCAUUCUCUUUGUAAUCCACAUUCUUCAUAUCAAUAUAAGUCACCUUUUGCAUAAAAAGCGGAUUGUUAAUUUUACCGUCUUAACUUAAUGUUAUGAUUAAAAGAGGUUAACUGCAAAUUAAGUCAUGUGCAUCUAGUUAUAUUCUGAUCAUUUUCCUUUCAUUUGAUAGACUUUCCACAUGAAGUCCUUAGCAUGCCAGCUUUAUCUCCUACAAUGACCCAAGGUAAUAUUGCGAAAUGGAGGAAAAAAGAAGGGGAUAAGAUAGCAGUGGGUGAUAUACUUUGUGAAAUUGAAACUGACAAAGCUACGCUUGAAUUUGAAAGUCUUGAAGAAGGAUUUCUGGCUAAGAUAUUGGUGCCUGAUGGUUCAAAGGAUGUGCCGGUUGGACAACCGAUUGCAAUAACAAGUCGGUUGGAAAGAAGAAAGGGAAUAGGGUAUUUGGUCUUGGAACCGCAUCUAAGACUUUGGUUUCUGUAUCAAAGAAACCCUCAAGUCUUUCAAGUGACUCUCAAGAGGUUGAUGUUUUGAGAAGUCAAGUCCAUGCUUUAAAUGCAUCGUUGCAAAGACAAGAACAAGAGAAGAUGGUGAUGAGGCAACAAUUGCAUCGACAAGAAGAAAAGAUGGCCGAAGCGAAUAAUAAAAUUUCAUUUUUAAUGAAUCAUUUAGGAUUUGUUGGGUCUUCUUCUCAUCCACCACAACCCACUAAUGAAAGUGAUCACACAAAUGAAGAUCGUCGAUGAAACAGAUGAAGAAGACCUUAGUAAUGAAUUUUGAUUUGUACUUUUUUUUCAUUUUGACUUAGUUUUUGGAUUGUAUUAUCUUUUUAACUUGUCAAACAAAUGAUUAGUAAUAACUUGAUUUUUUGAAUCAUUUUUAGUAAUGACUAUGUAAGUACUUCAUACCAAUUAUGUUCUAUGAAUUCAAGUUUAAUUUAAAUUGAAAAUUAUAAUUUUAUUUUAUA